AUGAUUCUAAAAGUAGCAGGGCGGCCCGAGUGCCUUCGUUCUAUAUUGGAAAGCCGCUGGUUGAUUUUGAUGGAGGCACCGCAAGUGUAAGUAGAACUCAGUUGUUGACAUCUAAACUUUCAGUUACGUUAAGAGGCGAGUGUACUCAGAAGUACAUGUAUAACAGCUGAGAGGCAUGAUAUUCAUCCUUUGAUAGUCAUUUAUUGAAGGCAUGUGAGGGAUGUUCUUAAACAUGGUGGUGAGUAUUGACAACGAUUUUUCAAUUGGCUGUGCAAGGUUCUACCGAAUUUGAGCCCCUUGGAAACGACAAAGCCUUCUGAAGAAAGCUGUGGCUCUUUUAGCCAAAUCAGCCCCUACUCACAACCUCAACUGAACUAACAAAUACUUAACUUUUGACGUUUGACCCUACCCAGCGUUUUCUUUUGGAAGUAUGUAUACACAAGCUAUGGAACCCUUUAAUAUUUUAUUCUUUGUAUCUGGGGCUUUUCAAGAAAUAUUUUCUCUACCUCGAUCUGUUUUUUUCAGCGGCCUUCCAGCACUUUUUUGGUGGUUAGCCGUCGUGGAAAUUCCAGUGCAGAUCACGUGUUCCGAUUCAACAAAGCAAAGUCAUUGUGUCUCUUUGGACCUCUAAAUCCUAUUAGGAGAUUUGCAAUUCGCCUGGUCACUAACAAGUAUCCUUUUAAACAAAGGUCAACAUAUUCUAACAAUGUAAAUGCCAAUGUACCCUGCGAGCAGUGGUUUCUCCAGGCCGGACGCUACGCUUCGUAACGCCAAUGUAACUCUAACUGCAAAUGUAAUAUAAAUAUAACAGUUCAGCAAUCGUUCAAUGCAAGGUUGUGCUUUCCAGAUCGAAGUGGAAACACCUCUGGACCGCGAAUUACUAAUGAUACUAAACACAGACCACAAUGUUUGGGCAACGCAGUUUAUUGACUAGCAGAAUAGACUCGAGAUCAAUAAAAUAAACCACUAAGGGUGGAGUGGGCGGGGAAACGUUGACUAGCUCCUCACUAAAUGAAAGACUGAGCAAUCUGAAAAACGAUCCUUACGUGAGGCAGCUACUACUGACAGCAAUGAGGCUUGUUCUCUAUUGGUAAUUACCCAUCAUCACUUCGGGUGAUUUUGGUACUACUGAGAAUAGUGUCUAGAGUUGUUAGGCGUUUGUUCAUACCACCGUACCAUCAUUGUUUUACUGCCUUGGAGUUGAAUGCGUUUAAUGGAUCUAUUUAGAGGUUUUGUUAAGUGUAACCAUUCCAACCUGAUUCUCGUUUUCCUCCCUCUUUCUCCCAUAAAUUAAAACAUGAGUUUAGACAUGAUUGGUGAAAAUAAAAUAAAACGAUCCCUUUGAAUGGUACCGUAACCUUACUCAUUUACAGUUUGAAUCUGUGUUUGAAGCAGAUCAAUUUUCCUUAACUUUCAUUUUAGAUAUUUUGAGUCAUUUAUUAUCCUUACCAUUCUAAUAAACUGUGUUUUUCUCGUACUUGAAAAUCCACCCGAUGAAGCUGAGUAAGUAAACCGAAAAUUAGUUACUUUUAAAACUCAGAGCUUAGCUUCUUAGUGAUAUCCACGCGAUCUCGUUCAAGUAUAUAUUGGGAAUUCAAAAUACCUAAGAAUAAUUUGCUAAGAUUUGCGAAUUCCUUCGGGUUACUUUUUUAAUAUAGCCUGCUUAUACAACCGUUUCUCAUCUCGCCUCCAGAGAUAUUUCGCGAAAUGUCCCUAGGAGUAAAAAGUGAAUAUUCCCGGGGGUUCUUGAGAAUCCUGGGAAAUUUUUUGGUCAGUAAUAACAUCCUAAUAAUCUUUGAAAUGAAACAGUUAGUAUUUUAGCUUUGGAAAUCCCGAACAUUGCCAAGAAUAUAAAAACAAUACAAAACAAAACAAAAAUACAUGAGCAUUCUCAGAAAUUCCCAGCAUUUUCAAGCAUUUUUAUUGUUGCCUUCUAACUGAAAAAAUACUAAGUGCUACAUUUCCAUUUUUCUUGUUCUCUCACGAGUCAUUUUCCUCAUCUUCUUUCUUUUCUUGUUUCCCUUGAUGCGAAUUAGGGCCUGUUAUCUCAAGCAUGUUAUGGCAUGACCCAGAGCCUAAUUUGCAUAAAAUCAGUAAGAACCGUAAUUUUGACAAGAUAUACCUCAACAGCAUCAAACUUGGAAAUAACAUAAAACUGAAUGUCUUUAAGUUAUUGUUCACUCUAAGGUUUGAAUUUUUGCGUCACGUGACCUUUUAUUACAGUUUAUUUUUACGCUAAGAGAAAAGUGAAAACGGACCGCCGAAAUGACAUACAACAGGUAUAUGUUGAAACACUAACAUAUUUUAAUGGUUACCCGCUUUAAGAAUCUGUCCUGAAUGGCCGAUGGAUGGAACCCCUCCCCGGAGUUUUUGAUUGUGGCAGUAUUUUGAAACAAUUUUACCUUUACUGGAAAGCCUUUGAUCGUCUUAACAAGAUGAGGUAUAUUUAAGGGGUGGUGGCGCUGCUGUUGACCUGUGACGUCACCAACAAUGGUCGCCAUAUACACCGUAUUCACAAAUGGCGGACACGCGGGAAAAAACUGGUGCCUAGUCAUGAAAGCGAGGCGUUGGAGGAUAAACAAAAAUUUGAAAUGAAGACUUUCAGUGAACUUCCAGAGUGUUUAGCACGGAUUCCACCUUAAAUAACUUUGUACGGACUUCUUUUUAAAUACAGUUACGUGGGAUGUCUUCUGCUUUUAAUGUUGGAACCCACCCCCAUAAGCCGGGCUGGCUCGGCUCACAUCUUUUUUUCGUCAUAGAAAUUGUGUUGGGUUAAUGAGAAGGCCAUCCCCAGCUCUAGCCGAGAUCUCUCUUUGUGCAACCGAGAACUUGGCAAGUCGACCAGCCUUCUCAUAUGAACAUAACGACAUUAUAAGAAAACAAAGUAUGAGCCGGGCCACGCUAUCACCCCAUAUAAAUCAUAUCAUCAUUAUCGUCAUCAUCACCACCAUCACCAACAUCAUCUUUGUCGUCAUCAUCAUCAUCAUCAUCGUCAUCAUCAUCAUCUUCAUCAUCAUCAUCAUCAUCGUCAUCAUCAUCAUCGUCGUCAUCAUCUUCUUCUUCUUCUUCUUCUUCUUCUUCUUCUUCUUCUUCUGUAUAUCGUAUUGGGUAUCUUUGUAUUGUAUAGGAUAGUGGCCGUGUUUUUUGGUGUUUUAUCGCUUUUAUCUUUUCGAAAACGAAACCGUUCUUGUAUGGUGCAGAUACUAAUGCUGGAGAAACGUUCUUUUUUUACCAGGUACGUAUUCAGUGGAAUCUACACCAUGGAGAUGGUUAUGAAGAUUUUGUCGCGUGGAUUUAUAUUUCAUACCCACGCAUACCUUAGAGAUGGAUGGAACUGGCUGGAUUUCAUAGUAGUCCUGUUAGGGUAUGGUGUAUUAAACAGCGGAUAAAAUGAACAACAUGUUCCUUAAAUAGCGGAUUUGUAGAAGACUGUAAGGUUGUGGUGCACUCUCACAACCUUACUUAAAGGGUGGUUUACUCGUACGGGCAUAAGCGCUUAGGGGUAUAAAUUGCAUAUUUUGGUCUCACUUAGGGUGUUUGGGACGGAAAGUCACCAUUUAUACUUGCUCAUUCAGGUAUCGCUUAGGGCUGUGCAUAAAGAAAUCUACAAAAAUGCGGUUAUGUCUGUUUUAGUAUGGUCUUCUUUAGAGGUCAAUUAACGUUCACUCUUAAGCCACACCCACGUUGGUCUCCCUUAGAGGUUUAGUUUUAAUUUUCCGAUGAGCAUCCCCGUCACUUUUAUCUAAUAUUACAAUCUCUUAUAAUACUUAUAGACACUUAGUAUUUUCAAAGAUCGCUCAAGAAAAAAUGAGAACAAUGUUCUUCGAGUGAUGAAAUUGACGUUGCAUCUUCAAGUUAUCACGUCUAAAGAAACUGACUUUUGUAGAUGAAAUUUUUGUUCCCUAAAUGUUAAGGAAGCACCAGACAGGAGAAACUUUGAUUUCUUCAGGUAUAUCACCAUGGCACCAAAUAUCGCUAACUUGACGGGAAUCAGAACAAUUAGAGUGCUUCGCGCCUUGAGGACCAUCUCUGCCUUGAAAGGUAAAUGUAAGUGUGUAGCUCAAGUCACGUACAUAGAAGCAAGACGUAGUUAAAACUCCAAUGUGGCAUACAAAACACGUAGUGACAUUAUUUACUUAUAACUAAUGGGUAUAGGAAAAAUGGAGUAAACGAAAUUCCAGAGGCACGUCACCACUUAUGUAAUAACAGAAGAGACUUCGACAACUCACUACAGGACUAAAACAAAUAUAAGAAAGAGCCACAGAUGGCGCUUAUUGGACUCCAGCUGUUUUCUGGAGAACUGAGAAACAAAUGUGUUCUUAACAUUCAGUAUGCUAAUAGUACAGAGAACAAACAAGAGCGAGCUCUAAACGAAAGUAAGACAAGCAUCUGAAUUAAAUUAGGAUACAUGUGCAUAAGGCUACACUGAAGAGUGUUAUCAUCACCAUCAAUGUUAUCAUAACCAUUACUCGUAUUGAAUGAGGCUGAGUAUGAUAUGAAGAAUUAUUCAGAUCGAGGAGAAUUUUAUCCACGGGGGCCGAAGACAGAGGCGGACAAAAUCCUCCAAGAUCAACAUACUUCUUCACAGCAUACGAAAGCUGGAUUCUAUGACUGUUAUUAUUGUUCAUUCAAAAUAUAAUUCAUCAUAACCAGCAGUUGUUGACCAAAUUUGGAAGAAGUUUUCGAUAUUUGGAAAAUUACGUCAAUUCUACAGCAUAUAUUGGCAGAAAACUGAACAGUUAACCGAGAAGACCUGGGCACGAGGUUGAGUUGUUUUGGUAGUGAGUACAAAAUGGCGUAACUUUUCACUCGUAUCGAGAGCAAGAAACAGGCGAAUUAUUGGCUAAAAACAUAGUAAUAACAGCAAGAAUAUAGCUCGACGGACGACAUCUGCUAUUUGGAGAAUAUUUGCAGAAUUGAACAACUCUUUAUCUCCUAAACUUGCCAAUAAACAUGCAAUCGAAGACGAACUUGGCGAUGGCGAGAAAUAGACUUUAAAAGUUGUAACGCCGCCACCAUGUUAGAGUUUGAACAAUUUGUUCGCAUUUCGCGGGCUUGAAGUUCAUUUUUGGCGCCGCUUUAACUCGUGUCCAGUGUCUUCCGAGAGUAGAGCCUAGUCCUUUUUUCAGAAAAAUAUACUUUUGUGCGUCCCGUUUUUACACUAGACGACUUUAACGUCUCUAGCAUAAAAACGGCCAUUUUGAAUGAAUAAUAAUCACCUUUACUGUCGUCAUCAUCGUUAUAUUAUAGACUAUUAGUGCAGAUAGCAAGCUCUGCCUCAAAUUUUAAAUGGCUAUUUCUGACACAAUCUCUAUAAAUGUCAUCAACACUAAGUAUGUUAAUCAUAAUCUGAUAUCAUAUUUUCACGUCAUGCCUCUCCCAGUGCUCAUUAAUAUGCUCAUCAUGUUUUUUUCGUCAUCACCGAUGUCAUCUUUAAUUUCGCAAAGUAAGGAUUUAUCUUAAGGCAAAGGUUUUAUAAUUCAUAUAGGCAAGUCUCUCUCAUCAUACAAAAAAAUAACUUCUUUUAACGUUGUGUUGAACGGAACCUGGGACCUCUGAGUAGCAAGAAUAACGACAUUAUGGGUAUUUUUACUUUCAGGGUUUUGGUUUCUUAAUGACGGCGAUCCUUUGAUUUGUGGGAACAGUUCAAGUGCAGGGUACAUUUUGUAACAUAUGCAUAAUCAUAUAAUCAAUAAAUUUAUUAGCUUAUUUAUUAAAUGACUAAAAUGCUUCUCUUUUCCUUGCCUAGUCGGGAUCCUAUCUACAAUGUAUCAACACUAGCUUUUGUUACGCUGUACCUUCAACAGAACACCGCGUUAGUCAUUUCCGUAGAAAAUCCAUUACACUGUAUAUACAGUGCAAACAAUUAGCUUAUCAAGGCUACAGAUAUUAUCAAUUGAUUUUGUGCUCUAUUCGUUUUCCCUGAUUAAGAUCUUGUCCAUCCAAUUACACAUGCAUGCCUAACGCUGGUCCAAACCCAAAUCAUGGUUACACGACAUUUGACAACAUGGGCUGGUCUCUUAUUAUGGCUCUGCAAAUACUAACAAUGGAUUUCUGGCAAAACGUUUACAACAAGGUAAGUAUAUCAAUUGAGAUCUUCUCUGGGUAUAAGAGGGAAACUGAAGGAAACAUAACCAUGUGCCAUAAGCCAGAAUUCGUCAGUCCUACUUCAGGCAGUAAGCCGUGGAAAAGUGGUGAAAAAUAUUUAAGUGACUAUCGUGAUACAAACUAUAAACUGUCAUGGUGUAACGGGCAAAUCUGAACACUUAUCAUUCCUAUUAGAUUAACAGAUCCUCUGGAGCGCAGUACGCGCCAUAUUUUGUCAUUGGAAUAUUCUUCUGCGCCUUUUACCUGAUGAACCUUGUAUUGGCGAUGGUGUACUUAUCAUAUGAACAGGAAUUAUCUUCAGACGGAAAGGAGGUACUUUUAGAUAUCCGCAAAUUCAAUCAACAUAGGUAGGCCAACUCAAAGAGUGAACCAACCAGGGUAUCAGUUGUUUUUUGUUUUUCACGGUGCAAUUCCUCGAGACGAAACUUUCCCCUCGUCCCUAACAAGUUUGACAAUUGUUGAUGAGUUAAACCAAAUUUCGUUACCUUUCCCUCCAAAUGUUGAUUCACAACCAACUAAGACAGCGAAAGCAAGGAGCAAACACUCAGAUGAAGGGCCUGUGUUACAAAAAUACUCUCUUCUCUCUACCUUAUCAGUUAGUCCUGUCUUGCUCUGAACAAUUCAGUUCCACUCUAGCUGCUUUGUGCAGUAUAUUAUACAUGUACAUCCCCAUUAAUUUGUCCCCAAAGGUGGUGCAGCGGCAGUGAUGAUUGACCAGAUUGAUUAUCCUUUACUUGCCUGGUUUUAUGACACGAGAUUGAAAACCGUUCUAUUUAUUUGGCAGAAUAGAUGCAGAACUAUCUUACAUUGUGUUGUUUUGUGUGCAUGAUUUAUUAGGGUGAAAAGAUGGAUCAGCGACGGACUGGUUGUUCAUAUCAAGCACAUGAGGGAAUGUUGAAACGUCUUACUCUAUUAGAUAGAAACCAAACGCCUCCAUCAGAACUUGAAGCCAAAGAUGCGGAUUCUAACGCAGCGAAGCGCCGUGAAUCAUUUCGCCAAUUCUUAACAGCCAGGGUAUUAACACAAAGGUCUGAGACAAACAAAGUAACGAGCAAGGUUCUGUCUCAUAUAAAAUCCUGCUGGAAAAUGGUACGAAAGUGCAUGCAGCAAAUCACCUCCCAUCCUGCAUUCGAUUUGGUGAUUCUACUGCUAAUAGUUUUGAACACAGUUGUUCUGGCAAUGUACUACCAUGGUAUUCCUGCCGAGUUUAGGCGCGUCUUGGAUAUUUUGAAUUGGGUGAGUAAAAGUUAGUGAUCGUUUACAUGAAUCUGGGAUAACAAAUCUAACUGUUGAUUUAUUAGACAGCUCCAGUUGUAGGUAAGUGUGGACCAUCUGUGAUCAUUUUGACAAUGUUAAUCUAAUGCCGUAGUAGCCUGUAUAAGAGCCUCCCUU